CCUCCAGGCUCCGCGGCUCCGAAGCGCGCCGGUGGUUCGCGCGCCAGGUUAUGCUCCCCGAGUGGAUGGUCGAUGCCCCACCCCACCUCGCCACCGACUGGCAUGUUUUUGCCCGACCUUCUGGCAAACGAUGUUUGGUUGUGUCAUCCAAUGGCAUGACGAUCAGCAGGGUUCGUAAUGGAUCCAUCCUUCAUCGCUUCCCUUCCGCUCUGCCCAAUGGUUCAAAGAGAGACAUUUCUGGACCAGCAAGCUCGUACUCCAUCCUCGAUUGCAUUUUUCACGAGCCUGAUGAAACAUACUAUAUCAUUGAUAUGAUCUGUUGGCGAGGCUAUUCACUAUAUGACUGCACCGCCGAGUUCAGGUUUUUCUGGGUCAACUCUAAGAUCGCAGAAACUUCUGCUGGUGAUCCUCCAUCAACGUACCACAGA